CUUAUAGUGUUUUAAAGAAAUAUUUUCAGUAGGAAGCGUUGGUACUGUCGAAUUCACAAAUUAUGAAUUACUGAAAAGUAGAAAAAACAACAACUAAAUUGCGGAGUAUGUUAUGCCGCGGGCCGGCUCGUAUUAAAUAUUAGGCCUAGGCCUAAUCAAUAAUAUUAUUGAAGUUGCUAUUCCAGAGAACUUUAAGAUAUUUUUUAAGUUGAAGGCUACACUUCUGUCUUCUAUUUAGUUAUUAGUACUAGUAUUUAGGCCUACCAUUUAUUUUCAUCAAGCCUAUGUUUCACUUUCUUAAGACAAACAAUGAUAUUCUGUACAGGAACUCUGUGAUCGAUUUUCUGACAGUUACAUCUGGGUGGGAACGUUGUUAUGUCUGGGUGAUUUCUAAACAUCUUGCAGAAAAAUUGACUGUAAAGAACUAUGACUUUUAAAACAUCAGAAAAUAGAACAUCAUCUAUAGUUAAUAUGAAAAGUGAAAUAGAAUAUAAGCUUCCUAAAAGAAUGAAAAAAAGAAGAGAGUUAGAUGCACUGGUAGACACAGGCAAGUUACCCCGUAGCAGGAAAAAUAGUUCCAGUGCUCAAGAAUUACUUGAUUACCAUUCUGAUUCUUCAGACAUAGAUGAAUAUACAACAAAUGGGGCCAAGAGGAAAAAUCGGUGUUGCGUCUGUCAGAGCUUGGUAGCUAGAAUCAGUCUUUUUCUAAUCUGUCUGGCCUGUCUGAGCACAUGUGUUGGAUUGGUUUGGGUCCAGUGGCAUAUACGGCAUGAGCUGAACAUUCUAAGGAGUCAAGUACAAACAGUGCAAGUGUCCAACACAGCAACACCAGACACCAUCUCAAAGCUGGAAACCAGGGUGGAGAAGUUGGACAAAACACUGGCAGACAUCAGAGCAGGAAGCUUGGAGGAAUUACUCAAGAAUACAACUGAUCUUAAAGCUAAGAUCGAUGCACUGGAAAAGGCCAAUAAAGAAAUCUUAGCAUCUGUGUCAUCAUCAAAACAGUACAUGGACCUGCCUAUCAAGUUCAAAGAUUUGACUGAUACUGUUGCUAAGAUUGGGAGUGAUACAAGUCACCAGAGUUUAUCUGUGGAGGCUUUAGACAAGAGAGUAGCCCAGCUAGAGGCUAAAUCCAGUAAUCCAACUAAUCCAGUGAACUCAGUGGCUGAUGAGGCAGCCAGUUUGAGGCAAGAAUUGAAAGAAAUUUUAGAUGCCCAGGUUGCCAACAUCACCCAAGAUCUGGCGCAACAUUUGACGAGGAUAUUAUCACUGGAGGCAGUCACCAGGAGCCUUAUGGGACAAAAUGAUUCUGCUGUAAAUGUCAAUGAAAUGUACCUGCUUAGAGGAGAGUUUUUAGCUUUUAAAAAGGAUGAGCAUGACAACUUUAAGAAGAGCAAUGCAUCACUAUACAUUUUAAAUGAAGAUCUUGACAAGCUGGUGGCCCGAGCUGAGAGAAUAGAAAAUGUUAUUUACAAUCUGACAGCUGCAGUAGAAAAGUUUAAAAAUCCUGGAUCGGCACCAUCUAUUAGCACACUCAGCCCUAUCCUGGUGUCUCCAUCAAAUACAGCCACAACAGAUGGACCAAUAGCUAAUGGAACUGAGGACAAAGUUGGGAGUCCAGCACAAGAUGAUGGUCACACUAUGAGAUAAUGAUUAACAAGAGAAUGUAUGAGCUGUUUGUCUGGAUCUCUUGGCUGGUUAGUCUAGGUGCUACUUCAGCUGCUGACCUAGAUGGAAGUUUUUGAUUGAAGAGUUUUUCUUGAUGCAAUCAUCUAUGAUGUGAAAUAUGGAAAUGAUUGGUAAAUGAUUGAUUGGUAAAUGAUUGUAGUAUAUUGAACCAAUGAACUUUCUUACUGUGUAUAGCUAAUGUGUAGGGGUGAAUGUGGACAUCAAAUGGUCAUCCAUUUUUCUUGCUCUCCUGUGUUGAUGUACAGAAAAAAUGUUCAUUUUGAUCCAGUUCUUGGUGCUGUCUGCCUAACUAUCUCUUGAUGUUGCUGCCUACCAAUGACAGAAAAUAUUUUGCUACCUACCAAUGACAGAAAAUAUUUUGCUACCUACCAAUGACAGAAAAUAUUUUCUCCAUUAUUAGAGCUUUUCUUCCAGUGACCAAAAAAUGGAAUCUGUUGGCUUGUACAUUGAUGAAGAGAUUUUGAAUGAUUUAAAUACUAAAACAGCCGGCUACAGAAAUAAUGGUGGUGUAGAAGUCAACCCCCCCCCCCCCCCUCCCACCCAUAAAUGUCAUCUUUAAAAAUGUUUCAUCCCCCUAAAUCAAAUUUUUUUGUUGAUUGUAAAUAUGUGUACACAACACAUGUAAAGCCUACUUAAAUAUUCUAUGCUGACAUCUAACUGUCUGAAGUAUGGCUGUAUGCUGACAUCUAGCAGUCUGAAGUAUGGCUGUAUGCUGACAUCUAGCUGUCUGAAGUAUGGCUGUAUGCUGACAUCUAGCUGUCUGAAGUAUGGCUGUAUGCUGACAUCUAGCUGUCUGAAGUAUGGCUGUAUGCUGACAUCUAGCUGUCUGAAGUAUGGCUGUAUGCUGACAUCUAGCUGUCUGAAGUAUGGCUGUAUGCUCACAUCUAGCUGUCUGAAGUAUGUCUGUAUGCUGACAUCUAGCUGUCUGAAGUAUGGCUGUAUGCUGACAUCUAGCUGUCUGAAGUAUGGCUGUAUGCUCACAUCUAGCUGUCUGAAGUAUGGCUGUAUGCUCACAUCUAGCUGUCUGAAGUAUGGCUGUAUGCUCACAUCUAGCUGUCUGAAGUAUGGCUGUAUGCUCACAUCUAGCUGUCUGAAGUAUGGCUGUAUGCUGACAUCCAGCUGUCUGAAGUAUGGCUGUAUGCUGACAUCUAGCUGUCUGAAGUAUGGCUUUAUGCUGACAUCUAGCUGUCUGAAGUAUGGCUGUAUGCUGACAUCUAGCUGUCUGAAGUAUGGCUGUAUGCUGACAUCUAGCUGCCUGAAGUAUGGCUGUAUGCUGACAUCUAGCUGUCUGAAGUAUGGCUGUAUGCUGACAUCUAGCUGUCUGAAGUAUGGCUGUAUGCUGACAUCUAGCUGUCUGAAGUAUGGCUGUAUGCUGACAUCUGUAUGUCAGGAGUGUUGGAAUUACAUACUGUUCUUUAUAUAAAUGUUUGAUCUUUGAACCUAAGACAAUAUGUACGACCUAGUUAGCCUUCACUGUAUAUCAUGGUUUACCACCCCAAGUACAGCAGUGCUGUUUCAAUAGUUCAUUUUUAUGUGCUUAUUUUUUAUUUAUUACUAGAUUAUUAAGAGAACAAGUUAUUAAAAAAAAGUUUUUAAAAUAAAUGCACUAAAGAAAUAAUAUAAACUUUCUCUUUUUUAUUAAAGCAUUGGGUGCUAAAUUAAGAUUUGUUAAUUUGAGAAGGUUUGUUUUAUUUACUCAUUUUCAGUACAAUCAAAACGCUUAUUAUUUUAAAGGUCUUUUAUACUUGUUUUAUUGAAUCCAUAAGAUUAAAAACUAGCAUAUAUUUAUGUUUAAUUGAAUCCAUAAGAUUAAAAAUAUGGCAGUUGACAAGUUUGAGAAAAUAUGGCAGUUGACAAGUUUGAGAAAAUAUGACAAGUGACAAGUUUGAGAAAAUAUGGCAGUUGACAAGUUUGAGAAAAUAUGGCAAGUGACAAGUUUGAGAAAAUAUGGCAAGUGACAAGUUUGAGAAAAUAUGGCAGUUGACAAGUUUGAGAAAAUAUGGCAGUUGACAAGUUUGAGAAAUGGGAGUUGACAACUGUCCUUGUUCUAUUGUGUCCAUGAAUGGGCCAAUCAGGUUAUUCUCUGUUGAAAUACCAGGUCUACUGAACUAAUAACCCAUUAUAAAAUACCAGGUCUACUGAACUAAUAACCCAUUAUAAAAUACCAGGCCUACUGAACUAAUAACCCAUUAUAAAAUACCAGGUCUACUGAACUAAUAACCCAUUAUAAAAUACCAGGCCUACUGAACUAAUAACCCAUUAUAAAAUACCAGGUCUACUGAACUAAUAACCCAUUAUAAAAUACCAGGUCUACUGAACUAAUAACCCAUUAUAAAAUAUAUUUGACUAUUCUGUGUAAGUGAAGGCUAUUUUGUGCCCAUACUGGAUAAAUAAGGCAUUUACCAAGGUCACUACACAUAGGAUAUAGAUUGAACUGGGUGUAUUACACCCAUGAUAUACAGUGAAGGUCUGUCUGUGUUGACCCAAUGAAAGUAGGAGCUCAGAAUUCAAUCUGUUGUUUUAUAUUCUUUCAAAUUGUAAUAGAAAUGUGUUGUUUCAAGAUGGAUUCAACUGUUAAGCCUUGUAGGAUGUUUACUAUACCUUCUGUGUGAUAUUUAGAUCUAUAAAUGUAGGCUUAUAUAUGUGGGUAUACAAUUAUUGGCCUAUAUUUAUACAUUCAUAUUUAUAUAACACAUACACAUUAUUAUACAUGUACGUGUGCAUACAUAUAUAUAUGCAUGUGUUACCUUUUAUCUAUUUAUUUAAUAAAAUAGCAUUUGCAUCACUAAGACAAUGAAGUAAAACUGCUUAAAAGAUUGUCUAGUUUUCUAUGUACAGUGUCAAUAAGAAUUGUCUAGUUUUCUGUGUACAGUGUCAAUAAGAAUUGUCUAUUUUUCUAUGUACAGUGUCAAUAAGAAUUGUCUAUUUUUCUAUGUACAGUGUCAAUAAGAAUUUGUCUAUUGUCUGUUUAUUGUGUGAUUUCUUCUGGUUAUUAAUGUAUCACUUCAUUACUAACGUUGGUUUUGUAACUCUUGCUGGAUCUGCUUUUUCUGAUAUACACAAUCAAAGUUUCUACACAAGUAUCAUAAAUAGGCCACUAGUACACACCUUAUAGGAUACAAUGU